AUGGAAUCAAGCAAGACGAAGUUCGGAAGUUUGACGUACAUCCGGAAGCCCAGGAAGCUGAGUUCGCGGAUCCCCUCCGAGGACACGCUGCUGGGGCCGUCGUCGUCCGACUCUGCGAAACCUCGCCGAAAAUCCAAACGCGAUGUUUACAUCGCGUGCGGUGAGGUUCCGCCCUCCAAGCGACCUCACACAAAUUCCGCCGACGAGUUGCUCAAAGACUUCGACAUCUCGCGCAUAAAACAAGACACAGACAAGCUGCUGAACCAGCUCGACAGCAUCAAGAAACCGGAGAAGGCCGAGUCCAAGUAUAUCAACAAGCUCUUGUCCAAAGCGGACAGUGUGGAAACGGACGAAGUGCUUCCGAUUGCCGAGACGCAGGGGCCGAUGAAACAUAUUUACGACGAUGCGGAGGCUACCGAGCGGACCUCAAAGAAGUACAGUUCGUUCCGGCCCAAAAUAUACACGAAAAGCGAGCUGCUGGAGGCCACAGAAAAACAGCUCGCUGUGGCAAGGGAUAUUUUGAAUGGGAAGACGGCCUCGUAUUUUUACGAGAUUGCCCGGGAAUACGCAGAGUCCUCGCCUCGCCUGUUUGUGACAGACUCCGAAAUAAUAAACUUGCCCAAACAGAGGUACCACGGGUACAUAGGGUCUAUGCGCGCGAACGCCAUUACGCAGCAUUUGCUAAGCCAACUGGACGAUCUUCUUACAGAUAAAAAGUCGAACAAGGUGCUGCAGUUCUGGGGGCGCAGCUACUUCACGCGAUUUGUGCUCACGCCAGAGAUCAUUGCGCGGAUCGUGAAACAGGACGAGCAGGUCGAUCUGGACAAAGCGUACGACAUGAUGGAGUCCACCGCGGAUUACGGGCUCUACAUCAUGGAUCAAAAGGAGAUUUGA